GUAUAGCGUAUAGUGCAGUUGGUACGAAGCACACCCUUCAGUGAGUGUGACAGAGACAAAGUGAGCAGAGUGUGGCAAAGGUCAUAUUAAAAAUAAGUAUAUUUCGGCCCCCUAAAACGACAAAAAAAAGGAAAUUUACAGCGCAGACCAACGUAUAAAUCAAAACGCAUACAACAUUUGGGGCCAUUCAAUAAAAUGAUAUUGGAAAACUCGGAUAAGCUCAAGGAUUGGUUGAGCGUUGUGCUCGAACCACUCUGCGAUGCUGACUCCUCGGCUUUGGCGCGCUAUGUAAUCGCGUUGCUGAAAAAAGACAAAUCGGAUAAAGAUCUCAAACGCAUCAUGAUCGAGCAAUUGGAUGUGUUUCUUUCAGAGGAGACGACACGAUUCGUCGAUCGUCUAUUCGAUGCGAUUGCCAGCGAGGAGUAUUUAUCAAUGCCCACUCCAAUGCCCGUAUCAACAGCUAACAUCGCGGAACUGGAGCUGGAACCUGAUUUAGAUGGUGUAGCUGAGAUUGAGGCUGUUGUUAACUCAUCACCGCCGUCGCCGUCACCAACAACCGCGCCAAAAGACAUUGUGAUAAAAGCCGAUAACAAUCAACAGCAAUUAAGAAGCGAUAAUAGCAGCAGAGAAACCGCCAUCGAAGCGUCCAGCGCAAUGCCAACAGAUGCCAAUACCACGGGUACACACAGCACCAAGAUAGCCUUCGAUCACAAAACCAAAGACUCUCACAGCCAGCAGCAACAGCUAAUGCAUCAUCAUCACAGCAGUACUAGUGGAGGUAGCUCAGUCAACGCAUCAGGCUUUGUGCGCAGCGCUAGUCCGCCUCUGCGCAGCAGCGGUCCAGCUGGUGCCUAUGCCGCUGAUAAGGAGAAUCAGCCUCGUGAUAGUCGCCGACGACGCGCCUCUUUGCGUUCUCGAUCUCGYUCCCGUUCCCGUUCCAAUGAACGUUCGUUUAGGCGAUCACGGUCGCGAGAUCGUCGCAUCAAUGAGCGCGAGAAGAGCCAGCGUCAGUUCCGCAAUAAGUCGCCGCCGGGUGGUACGAGUGAACAACGACAUAGACGAAGCAACAAUAAUAACAGCACCAACAGCACCAACAACUUUGACCGGCGACGAAUCGGCAACAACAAUAGCAGCAACAACAACAGCAGCAUGGAUGAGCGCACUCAACGAUUCGGCAAGAGUCGCCACUCUCCACGCAGUCGUUCUAUUUCACCCGAAUCGCGCAAUGCGCGACGUGGUGCCAACAUCAGCAGCAACAACAUUAACAACAGCUCAAACAACAUGGAAGCAGCGGCUUGCUCCUCUGCUGCCGUUGUAGCCCCUGCUGCGCCUAUGCCACUGCCCGUAUCGCAUCCUGUUGCUGCAAUGGGGCGUCAACGUUGCCGCGACUUCGAUGAAAAGGGAUAUUGUGUGCGCGGCGAGACCUGCCCCUGGGAUCAUGGAAUUAAUCCUGUGGUAUUCGAAGGUAUAAACAAUUCAGCAUUGAUGAUGUCCAUGCGCGAGUACAAUCCCGAUGCACCUGAGAUUUGGGCACGUGGCGGCCCUGCUGGGGUGCCCGGCGUGCCUCAGCCUGGCGGUGGUCCACCACAGGCACUACCCGUGCCGCCCCAGGGUGGCCCAUCAAGCAUUAAUCCCUUCAGUGGAAAUGUGCGUGCCUGUGCGCCGCACGGUGUGCCCAAUCCUGCUGAUUAUGCGCGCCAGCCAGGCCAGCCGCCGCAAGUACCUGCGCCUCCGCCCAUGAUGCCAUUCCCUUUUAAUCCGACAGCCGUGACAACGCCGUUGCAGCGUCAACUAAUACCCAUACCAGUAAUGGAUGGUGGGGUUGGAGGUGGGGUAGGAAGCGGCGGGGGCGGUGGGCUGGCUGCUGACAUGGGAAAACGGCGUUUCGAGCUGGAGGACAGUGUGGCCAUAGCCGAUGUGCCCAGCAAAAUGCGCAAGCUGCCAAUCAAUAGUCGCCUAGGACCUCGCGUCAAUCCCAAUAUGCAACAGCACAAUAGUUCCCUGGAGCUGCGGAAAGUGCCGCGUGGACUGAACACUAUAGCGCAUCUGAACAAUCAUUUCGCCAAGUUUGGCAAAAUUGUCAAUAUUCAAGUGUCAUACGAAGGCGACCCGGAGGCGGCAAUCGUAACAUUCUCCACGCAUGCGGAGGCAAAUGUUGCUUAUCGCAGCACGGAGGCAGUGCUCAAUAAUCGCUUCAUCAAGGUUUUCUGGCACAAUGACAACAACAGCAAUAGCGGUAGCAAUAAUAACAACAAUAACAAUAACAUCGUCAAUGAGUCGGGCAACCCGAAUGUGAAUCGCAAGAGUCAGUAUCAUUUGCAUAACGUGCCUGCAAUGCCGACACCUAAUGCAGACAGCGCCAAGAUAACGAACACGAACAACAACAGCAGUCAACCCAACCAGGCCACACCCCUUGGAGAAACAAAUAAUGCACUGGCAGCACCAACUACGGAGCAGGGACUGGCAAGCACCGCAGCACCCGCCUCUAUGCGUCUGAAGCUCAAUGCAAACGCGACAGCGGCCAAUGCGUCAGCAACUGGUGUAGCAAGAGCUCUAACGCCGGCAGUGAAUGCUGCGACAAUACGCAAAAAGCAGGAGGAGCAACAAAAGGCAAUGCACCAGCUAGCGAAUGGGCUGCGCAAGCGUAAACAGGAGCUCCUCCAGAGCUAUGUGAAGCAGAUGAAGACAGCGCUGGAGCUGGUUGAGCGUAUGGAUCAGCAAGAUGCGCAGCGUGCUCCGACGUUGGAAACGAUCAAAGUUCUGCAGGCAACGAUUGAUAAGCUGCGCAAAGAUGUGCAUGCUGAUCAGGAUCAGCUCCAGGCCCAAAUCCAGCAACAGCAGCAACAACAGCAGCAAACGCUUCCCGUGAAGAAAACCAAAGAGCAACAGAAAAAAGAACUGCUCGAUAUGGAGCUCGAGCUAAUUGCCCAGCAACAGGAGGGCAACGAUACAACGGCUAUACAGAAGCGUCUCGAAGAGCUGCAGCGCACGCUCUCUGCUUCAACUGGAGGUGGCUCCUUGUCUGGCGGUGGUGGUGCCAAGCUGCCCGGUGGCGGUGCACGUAAACGUGCCACAUAUCCCGAGGGGCCAACCCGCGUCGACCGUCGACCAAAAGCAAUUGUGGUCACUGGCUUUGCCGCUGAGGAAGCUGAUUUUGUGCUGGGUCACUUUAAGCAUUUCGGCGAGAUAUCCAAACACGAUGUGGACCGUGAGAUACCCCAAUUAAUAAUCUCGUACGCUACACGUCUGAAUGCCGAGCAAGCAGUGCUCCGUGGCAAAAUAUACAAAGAUAAGCGACUGCAGAUAUCGUGGGCACCAGUGGUGUCAACUCCCGCCGUUGUACCCAUGGGCGCACCGGCUGACAAGUCGCCGGGAGCGUUAACUACUUCAACAUCUGGUGAUAAGAUGGAUAAUCCGAAGCAAUUGUUGCAUUCAUCGGUCAGCGAGAGCGAAUCUCUGCUGGGCAGCGAUACUCUGCCAGAACUGCGGCUCGAAGAUGAAGAGGAGGAUGAGGAGUCUGAGGAUCGUUCCUGGCGUCGUUGAUUAAACGCCAUGUGCUGCUCUUAGUGUCAGUCUAGCGGCUCUACGUGGCUCAUAAUCAUUAGGAAAACAUUGUGUUUCUAUUUGUUGUUAUUCUAUAUGCAAAACAUGCAAGUACCCAUAUAUUUAGAUAUGUAUAUAUAUAUAAAUAACUAUAUAUAUACAUAUAUCCGAAUGUAAAUGCAUGCAGGGUAAACAUCGUUAAUUGUAUAAAACAAAAUUUCAAGACAAAACAAAACAUGCUAAAAUAAUGUACAAUAUUCUAGACUAAAAGGCAAGCUGCCGCACACACCAAUCCACA